UUUCUUGUUUGCAUUUGGAGGGGGCACCGAGCCCCUCAAAGAAGUCAGGACCAUGCUGCCCUGGAAGAGAAGCAAGUUUGUGCUCGUGGAGGACGAUUCCAAGAGCAAAGCCAAAAGCCUGAGUACGGGACUCGCCUACCAGUCACUUCUUUCCUCGCUUCUGCGUUCGUGCCCUGACCUGCUACCGGAAUGUCCGUUUCACUGGCUCUCUGCCAUUUUCCACAGCAAGCGCCAAAAGGUGGAGCUGAACAAAGAGGAGCCCACAUACAGUGUCCGUUACCUGGGAAGUGUGGUGACUGUGCUUGCCAAAGGCGAGGGCUGCACACAUGAUGCUGUUGCCAAGAUCUGGGCAUCGAGCAACUACGGUGAGCAGAGUGCCAAGAUGAAGCUCAGUGUAGGGCCAUAUGGUAUCCACAUGGGUGCUCGAAGGAAGCCAGUCCACCUGUACACGCUGAACCGCAUCACCUAUUGCACAGCUGACCCUCAUCAACCCAAGAUCUUCGCCUGGGUCUACCGACAUCAGGUCAGACACAAAGCAGUGGUUUUGCGAUGUCAUGCUGUGCUUCUUGCCAAGGCGGAGAAGGCCAGGGCGAUUGCUCUCAGUCUCUACCAGAACUCAGUUUCAGCCUUCAGUGAGUUUAAAAGGCUGAAGCGCCAGAGUGACUUUCGACACAGAAAACAAGAGUUGCUUGGAGAGGAUAUAAUGCCGAUGAUGCCAUUGCGCAAGCUGCUGAAUGGCCAGUGUCACUAUCGACCACCAUUCGACAGACCUGGCAAUUCCAACUGCCUCUUUUCUAUCACAGAGGAGGAAGAGGAGGAGGAGGAAGAGCAGAAAAAUAACAAAGAGGAAGUAAUCACAGGUCCUGAGCCAACAAAUGUAGAGUUGGAAUGUGCUGAGAAUGAGCUGGGAUACAUUCUUGAUGGACUUGAUGGAUUUUCCAUUACAAUCAGAGAUGACAUACAUAUGACACUCAGUACACUGGUGUGA